UCGAAGAUCGGCGGCGAGGAAUUGGCGCGGGAACUGGAACCGUGGAGGCCGAGCGGACUUGAGCACUGUUUCUGGCCGAGGCUCCAGAGACCGGAACUGUUCCUACCCUGGUCGGAGCUCCAGAGACCUGCAGCGGCCAUCUGGACCCUGGCCCACGGCUCUAGAGACCGGUAGCGGCAGCGUUAUCGACACAUCCUAACCCCCAACCCGGACUCUUCACCGUACUGUUCAAGAGGCCCAGUCCCCGGCCCCAGUGUCUGACCUGUUACAAGCGGUAGCCGCCGUCCCGGACAUCUCGACGCUAGAGCGAACACACAGGCAGCACCAUGCCGCCCGUGGUAUGUCCCGGGCCCGGCACCAGCACGCUGGACUCGCUGGAAAACGCUGGGCGUCUGAUCGACAAACACUUGCAGGACGACCGGCUGUACCCUGACCUUACGGAUCUGCUUAACGUGCCGAACUACAAUAAUCCAUCGCUAUCAGGGAUGACUGAUAUGGAUUAUCCACUGCAAGGACCUGGUCUGGUUUCAUUACCCAAUCUCCCAGAGAUCAGCCCAAUCCGGAGAGUACCACUCCCUCCAGAAUUGGUGGAGCAGUUUGGACAUAUGCAGUGCAAUUGUAUGAUGGGUGUUUUUCCUGAGAUUGCCAAGGCAUGGUUGACCAUUGACAGUGACAUCUUCAUGUGGAACUACGAGGAUGGGGGUGAUUUGGUUUACUUUGAUGGGCUGAGUGAAACAAUUCUGUCAGUGGGACUGGUAAAACCCAGAGUUGGAAUAUUCCAACCUCACAUACGACAUUUGCUGGUACUUGCCACUCCCGUUGACAUUGUGAUCCUUGGUGUCAGCUUAUCCAGUUCUCAGUCAGGAGUAGGAAUGCUGAAUGAUAGUCUGUGUGGAGGGAUGCAACUCCUACCAGAUCCCCUUUUCUCCAUUCCCACAGACAAUACCUACCUGCUGGCAGUCACUGCUGCUGACAAUGGCCGUAUAUUCCUAGCUGGAAAGGAUGGGUGUCUGUAUGAAGUUGCCUAUCAGGCCGAGGCAGGUUGGUUUAGUCAGCGAUGCAGGAAGAUCAAUCAUUCUAAAAGUUCCUUGUCAUUCCUCAUCCCAUCGUUGCUGCAGUUUACUUUUUCUGAAGAUGAUCCAUUGGUUCAGGUUGCCAUUGACAACUCCAGAAACAUCUUGUAUACUUGCUCUGAGAAGGGAGUCCUGCAGGUGUAUGACCUAGGGAUUGAUGGCCAAGGGAUGAGCCGAGUGGCUUCCUUAUCCCAGAAUUCAUUAGUUUCUUCAGCAGGUAACAUAGCCAGGACCAUAGAUCGGGCAGUGUUCAAACCAAUUGUGCACAUUGCCGUGAUUGAGAGCUCAGAGUCUGUGGAUUGCCACCUGUUGGCUGUGACACAUGCAGGUGUGCGGCUAUAUUUCAGCACAAUGCCCUUCAAGAAUCCAUCUGCAAGACCCAGCAUGCUGGUGCUGGUACAUGUACGACUGCCACCAGGAUUUUCUGCUUCAGCCAUGCCACAGAGGCCCUCCAAGGUCCACAAAGCUCUGUAUAUGAAAGGUGUUCUACUCUUGGCUGCAUCUGAGAACGAUGAUAAUGAUGUCCUUUGGUGCAUCAAUCAUGACUCUUUUCCCUUCCAGAGGCCACUGAUGGAAGUACAGAUGACAGCAAACAUUGAUGGACACUCAUGGGCCCUCUCCUCCAUUGAUAACUCUCAGCCUCAGAAGGUCGUUACACCCCUCAACAAAGACCGUGUUCCUCUUACAGACCCACCAGUUGUGAUACAUCAGCAUUUAAUUCCACCCAAAAGGUUCAUUCUUCUCACUGCACAGGGAAGCCACUUCUUUCACAAGUUGCGUCCAGUGGACCAGCUCCGUCACCUGCUGGUGAGCAAUGCAGGUGGAGAAGGUGAAGAUGUUGAACGUUUUUUCAAACUGUAUCGGGAAGAACAAGCUUGUGCAUCAUGUCUUAUCCUUGCCUGUUCAACUGCAGCCUGUGAUCGUGAGGUCUCAGUGUGGGCAACUCGUGCUUUCUUCAGAUAUGGUGGAGAAGCACAGAUGCGUUUUCCAGCAGCCAUUCAGCAGCCAAUAAAUGUGGGACCUAUCUUUAGCUCACCACAUGCAGGUUCCACAAUGCCUCCUGGGAGUCCAUUCUCCAGUCCCAGUCUCUCAGCCAUUCCAGCUUCAGGUUUGAAGCCUGUGGGAAUGUCGACUCCUCUCUUUUCUCCUGGGAGCCCUGCACUCUACAGUGGGGUUUCUCUGCCCACGACCCCCACCAUGUCUGGACCCGAGGUUGUAUUUUCUGGAAAACAUAAUGGGAUUUGCAUCUACUUCACUCGGAUCUUGGGGAGUAUUUGGGAUAGCAGCAUUGUGAUGGAGCAGUCCAUGCAGCACUACAGGCAGCAGGCAAUAAUGUUGGAGAGCAGCGUUUCUGCAAAGGUUCUAGCAAAUGUUCUACUGGAACUCAAUGGAUUACGGGAUUUCCUUGAUAGGAACUCGCAGUUUGGGUCUGGAAGUUUGGGAAAUGUGAGUUUUAGUGCAUCUAAUGUACCAAAGCGGCUGCUAGGAUUUAUGCGACCUGAUGGAGGCUCACAGCAAGUUCAACAGGAGCUUCAACGAAAGUAUCAUACUGAAGCGCAGGCCUAUGAAAAGCUGUCGAUGCAGGGCAUGCAACAACUAAUCCAUUACACCAGCCAAACUCUGGCAUUGUGGAAGCUACUGUGUGAUCAUCAAUUCAGCAUUGUCAUUGGAGAUUUACUGAAGGAACUCCAGGAGCAGUUGAAAACAACACCUUUUCGGGACUUGGUUAUCCGGGGGAAGGAGUUAUGUGGGGCACUGAUCAGCUCACUCAUAAAUAGAUACAUAGGAGACAAUGCCUCAGUUGAUGCCAUCAGUAAACAUCUGAGAGAAACCUGCCCAUUGCUAUACAGCAGUGAUGAUGCACUUUGCUCCAAGGCGAAUGAGCUGCUGCAGAGUGCACGGCAGAUUCAGAAUAAAAUGGAGAAGGAGAAGGCCUUGAAAGAGUCCUUGCGGCUAUAUCAGGAAAUUGGACACCAGGUUGACCUUCCCAGCGUGUGUACACAGUUUAGACAAGCACGUUGUUAUGAGGCUGUGGCUGAAUUAUGCCUUAGUGCUGCUGAGAAGAAAGAUCCACAGGGAUUAGGGCUUCAUUUUUACAAGAAUGGAGAGCCGGAGGAAGAUCAUGUGGGACAGCAAGCCUUCCAGGAAAGGGUGAAUUGUUACAAGUGCAUCUCAGACACACUACAGGAGCUGGUUAACCAGAGUAAAGCAGCUCCACAGUCUCCGAGCGUUCCAAAACUACCUGGACCGCCAGUUCUCUCAUCUGAUCCCAAUAUGCUGAGUAAUGAGGAGGCAACACAACAUUUUGAACAGAUGUUGAAGCUUGCACAGUGCUCGACAGAUGAACUCUUCAAUAUUGCCCUCUUCAACUGGCUGAUCCAGGUUGAUCUGACAGACAAACUAUUGGAGGUAAAUUCACCAUAUCUUGAACCAUAUUUAGUUCGGAUGGCAAAGCACGAUCAGAACAGAGUUCGCUAUAUGGAUCUGUUGUGGAGAUAUUAUGAGAAAAACAGAAAUUUCAGCAAUGCUGCACGAAUUCUGGCUCGCCUUGCAGACAUGCACAGCACCGAAAUUUCGCUGCAACAGAGGAUUGAGUAUAUAUCUCGGGCCAUCCUCAGUGCUAAAAGCUCCACAGCAACAUCAUCACAGGCAGCUGAUGGCGAGUUUCUGCAUGAACUGGAGGAGAAAAUGGAGGUAGCCCGGAUACAGCUCCAGAUUCAUGAUACUCUGGCACGCAAUUACUCCCAGCACCCCUCCGUGCAGGAGGCCAUCUCUCAGCUUGAUUCAGAGCUCAUGGACAUCACCAAGUUGUAUGGAGAGUUUGCAGACCAUUUCCAUCUCUCAGAAUGUAAACUGGCCAUCAUCCAUUGUGCAGGUCACUCAGACACAAUCCUGGUGCAGGCACUUUGGCAAGAAAUUAUUGAGAAAGAGUUGGGUGACAGCAGGUUGAUGAGUUCCAUGGAUCGGAUGCAGACUCUGAGUAUGAAACUUGUGUCACUUGGAAAAGUUUAUGCUGGGACCCCACGCUAUUUCCCACUUGAGUUCUUGGUGCAGUAUCUGGAACAGCAAUCGUGUGUGCUGUCCUGGGACACAGGCUUUGUAACUUACACCAUGCAGGAGAUAGGAAUAUCCUUUCCGAGACUGCUGGAGAUGUACACACAACUCUUCAAAACACGGGAUCCUUAUUGGCAGAGGGUUAAAAAGCCCCUCCACUUGCUGGAGUGCAUUCAUGUUCUUCUCAGUGCUUAUGUGCAAGAACCCACCAAAGUUGCAGUCCAUGAGAGGCGACGUUUCACUAACUACUGCCUGGAUGUGAUUGGUCGGUUCCUUGUCGAGCUUCAGUCAAUGAGCCCCACUUGUGCCUUACAGACAACAAUUGGAAAUUUCAAAUCGUUACAAUCUAAGCUUGAUCGCCUGCAAUGACAACCGGAGCACUGCAAAACACAGACAGACACACACACACACACACACAUAAACACACACACACACACACACACACACAUGUUAUUGUACGUCUCCAUGAGUCUGCACAAUAUUGCCAUCCAGUUGUACUCUACAUCAGCUGGUAUUUCAUAAACCAGCGUUCUGGAUUUUCCAGCAAACCAAAAUGGCACAUAUUCAGCCUGGGUAUCGAUUCUGCUACUGAACACAUUCUGAAAGAGCAGAGUUUGCAUUGCCAAGGUGACUCACUAUAUGCAUUCCUGCUCCAGAGAUCCUAAUGAAUAUCUCUCAUGGAAGAGGUGCUACCUAUGUCAGCUCUAUCUCAAUUAAGACAUCGGGACACAAUCCAAUUCCCUUGUUUUUAUGUACUCAGUUUAAAAAGUAUUAAUUUUAAUGUAAAUUAGUUUUCUGCUGAAAUUUAAUAAAAGUGAACCUUG